CAGCUUUGGUGGGGAUUCUGAGUAAAUCCAACACCUUGAUGCGGGUGACGUCCUAUACUUUGCACAACUACCGCUAUUCUUUGAAGCUAGACACGAUUGGCAUGUUGGUUGGAGGACUUUAUUGGUUGUGCAUUGACUAUGAUGGUCCAGGGUAUCGCUUUGUUGGUCCUAGUGGGUACAAAGUGUACGUCUCCCCAGUUCCGGAUGAAUACAUUGGAGCAGUGCCAACGCAGUCUAGUACGUCGAUCACCUUCACAUGCAACGGGUGCACUGCGAAUACUUACUUAUGAUGAAGAACCAUGCUUGAGUUGUCUCUUAUAGGGAUAGGAUUUUCAGUACCUGCAAUUUAUCGAAUGCUGACACAUGGAUAAUGAUGGUUAAUAUGUUACAUCAGCGACAAAAUAGACCUCUCAUUUCUAAUCCCCGCCUACCUGACGCGCCAACGAGGAGACGAACCCACCGGCUGCCAUGACACUAGAACCGGGACGUCGAGACCCAGAGUGGAUAAUACAGGAAACGAAAACAAUGCGCCUUCGUUGAUAACGCAAGUGGGGACAACAAAUAAGUGGACUUUGGCGUUCGACGCUUCGCCUUUCUAUCAGGGUGAGCUCUA